AAGCACUAUGAUCCCACUGUGAAAUGCCCUGUGAUGAAAUAAACCAUUGUGUGUGUCCUCGCCCCAAUAUGGUAAUCCUGGAUUAAUUAUGGGCCAACCCUAAUGAGUAUCUCUCUCGCCCUCUUAGAUAUGUAAAUGUUCCAGCAGUGGACGGCGUUGAGAGGCUUUUGUUAACUCUGCGCUUUCUAUGUUCUAUAAUAGUGGCAGGACAGGACGGAGAGAGACAAGCACAAAGGUUUAGAGGCUGUAGAUUAUGUAUUAUAUCAUUGCUGGAAGUAAACAAGGUCUAUUAUCACUGGGACAAGAAAGUAAAUGUGUAGUCUUGAAAUCAGAGAUUCAGAAAACAGAGAGCAGGAAGAUUAAAAAUAUUUAAACACACAGUACAAGUUAUGAUAAACUCAGCGUAGUACAAACUGACCCAGGAGUUGCAGGAGUGUUCACCAUCAGUGGCUACCUGUCUGCUUGACAGCAUGGGUGGUGAAUUGCUUCACCACCCAUGCUUAAUUAGACAGGAAGUGUGAAUAUGGACAGAGCCAGAGGAUGUGUGCUCUAGUACCACUUUCAUGCUCAUCCUCUUUACUUGAAAGGUGAGGGACGAAGAGAGAGAGAGAGAGAGAGAGAGAGAGAGAGAGAGAGAGAGAGAGAGAGAGAGUUACAUAAUCUGUAUACAUGCAGUGUACAUUAUAUAUAAAGUUAUUCUAAGUGUUGUACCAACUAUCAGAAGACAACAAGUAGCCGCUCAGAGGGCUGAUGCAGGGAGGUCUGUCCGACACGCUCAGAUAAUGUAGCAAAACUGGACCAACAAUAAAGACACUGCAGUCAACAGAAAAUAAUGGCUCCCUACUCUCCCCCUCUCUGUUACAACAAAAACUGAUGAUCAACAGGUAUGCAGGUGAUUUUAAUUACCCCCUAGGCCCCGGUGACAUACACACAUGCAGACACCUCCACACAGGCACGCACACAUGCCCACAAUAACCAACAGUGGCUUAGUAACAGGCAUACAACCACACAAACACAGUCCUUGCCCCCACACUAAGGAUUACUCAAAGUCAAACACUUUAGCCCCAAGCUAGAGAAAGUGAAACUUCUCAGCAGCGGCGUAACAAUAUCUGAAUAUUUUCAAAUUCUUUACAAGCUUUAGUAGGAAUAGCAAUACAACAAUGUAAAUAGUCUCCAUUAUAAGGAAAUGCUCUCCAUUCAAAAUCUAUUUGAGUAAAAGUACAGGGGUCAAAAGUUAUAACUAUACCUGAUAGAUAAUACAUUACAUUUGUAGAUUGGUAUAACUAAUGCAUCAAUGUGUAAUCUGUCUUUUGUGUAUUGUAGCUAGUUUUAAUUACUUUAGUUAUUAGGAGUUUUGAACCAGUGGUUCCCAAUCUAGGUGUGUACGCUGGUAAUGACUGGGCUGCUUUCUUCUGUCCGUAUGGUAUUAUAUCAUGCAUGCUGUCACUGGCACUCGUUCUCUGUCAUCUGUGGGCGAAGUGUGCGGUCUACUUUUAUUGUGUGUGUUGUUUUUGUUGCCCACACUUCAAAUCAAUUUCCUUUGGGAUAAGCAUGGACACAAUAAUAUGAACACCUGUACAACAAUUACAACACGGUUAAAAAAUAAACUACAUGACUUAUUGCGGGAGUAAAUAUUGUAUGUUUGGUACAGUAAACUAUCUUGAAAAGGGUCGACUUUGUUUUUCUAAUUUAUUAAGCACACCAUGUGAGAAAGUAUUGAAUUAUCUUGUUCCGUAACAGGUCAAGAACUAUUACAAAUUAAUUUACACACUUAAUAAUAACUUACGCAUGGACACUUAAACACUAUAUACAUCAUAAACAUUACAAUAGUCCAUAGAAAUACUGUACAUGAUUGACAUUAUCAUUGCAUCUUGAUUCCCCAGACACAUGUGGUUAACAUUUUGAGAAAGAAAACACUCCUCUCAAGUGUGUGUGUGUGUGUGCGUGUGUGUGUGUGUGUGUGUGUGUGUGUGUGUGUGUGUGUGUGUGUGUGUGUGUGUUGUUGGUCUAUAGGGCCUGCCUGAUAAGCCUUAUCUUCCUCGGGAUUCUCCACAAGAAGAAGCUGCGUCUCUCUCCUCUGUGUUGUUGUUCCUCGGAGUUUCUGUCCAAGGUGCUGAAAUCUGCUGCUCCGGGGACGGGUCACGUGACUGCGCUUCCUCCCUCUGUGAGCACAGAAUGCUGUGUGCGCGCGCGCGCUCGCUUGUGUUGCGCGUGUGGAGGCUAUGCACGGGGACACCUCAGUCCUCAUCAUGAGCGGUUCGGGCUCACGGGGAAGGCUUUUCUAAGACGGCGUCGGGGCUUGCUGUAGUGUGCUCGCAGCGUGGAAUCAGUCUAGUUGAAUGCGUAACUUUGCGCAUCCUUUUCUUCUUCUUCUUCUUCUUCUUCUUCUUCUUUUCUUCUUCUUCUUCUUCUUCUUCUUUAGCCAAUUUCUUUCGCCUUUGCAGACAUUAGUGUGGCAACUGUGGAUGGGCACACGGGAGUGGGCUGCUGCCCACCAAGUCUGACUGUGUUUCGGAGUAGCUGAGAAGAAGAAUAACAUGUAAGAGUCCGCAGGCAUCUCCUGCAGAUCCUCUCGGAUUCACAUCCAAAAUGCAGAAAGGGAUGAGACUCAAUGACGGCCACAUCACCUAUCUGGCUCUUUUAGCGAAGAAGGAUGGGACGAGGCGAGGUUGCUUGAGUAAGAAAAGCUCAGACAACACAAAAUGGCAUUCAAAGUGGUUCGCGUUGUUGCAGAACAUGUUGUUUUAUUUCGAGAACGACUCCAGCUCACGCCCCUCCGGACUGUACCUGUUGGAGGGAUGUGUUUGUGACAGGGCACCGUCACCCAAACCAUCUCUCUCAGCGAAGGAAUGCUUAGAGAAGCAGUACUACUUUACCGUCACGUUCAAUCAUGACAACCAGAAGGCUUUGGAGCUGCGCACGGAGGACGUCAAGGACUGUGAUGAGUGGGUGGCUGCCAUCACACAGGCCAGUUACAGGAACCUGGCGACAGAGCAUGAGACCCUCAUGCAGAAGUAUCUCCAUCUACUCCAGAUAGUGGAGACGGAGAAAACGGUUGCCAAGCAACUUCGACAACAGAUAGAGGAUGGGGAAAUCGAGAUAGAGCGGCUAAAAUCUGAGAUCGCUGGACUGCUCAAGGACAAUGAAAAGAUCCAGUCAAAUCCAGAGGUCCCUCCCAGUGAAGAUGACACCGAGAUCAAGAAGAUCAAGAAGGUCCAGAGUUUCCUUCGAGGUUGGAUUUGCCGCAGGAAGUGGAAGACCAUCAUCCAGGACUACAUCCGUUCACCCCACGCUGAAAGCAUGAGAAAGAGGAACCAGGUGGUGUUUAGCAUGCUGGAGGCGGAGGCUGAAUACGUCCAGCAACUCCACAUCCUGGUCAACAACUUCCUGCGCCCGCUCCGCAUGGCCGCCAGCUCCAAGAAGCCGCCCAUCACCCACGACGAUGUCAGCAGCAUCUUCCUUAACAGUGAGACCAUCAUGUUCCUCCAUCAGAUCUUCUACCAGGGCCUGAAGGCCCGGAUAGCCAGCUGGCCGACGCUGGUGCUGGCUGACCUGUUCGACAUCCUGCUGCCGAUGCUUAACAUCUACCAGGAGUUUGUGAGGAACCACCAGUACAGCCUGCAGAUCCUGGCCCACUGCAAACAGAACCGAGACUUCGACAAGCUGCUGAAGCAGUACGAGGCCAAGCCCGACUGUGAGGAGAGGACACUGGAGACCUUCCUCACUUACCCCAUGUUUCAGAUCCCUCGUUACAUCCUGACGCUGCACGAGCUGCUGGCUCACACGCCUCAUGAGCACGUGGAGAGAAACAGUUUGGACUACGCUAAGUCAAAACUGGAGGAACUUUCCAGAAUCAUGCACGAUGAGGUGAGUGAGACGGAGAACAUCAGGAAGAACCUCUCUAUCGAGCGGAUGAUUGUGGAGGGCUGUGAAGUGCUGCUGGACACCAGUCAGACAUUUGUUAGGCAAGGUUCCCUGAUCCAGGUGCCGAUGAGCGAGAAAGGGAAGAUCACGAGAGGCCGACUGGGCUCGCUGUCUCUGAAGAAAGAAGGCGAGAGACAAUGUUUCCUUUUCUCCAAACAUCUCAUCAUCUGUACCCGCGGCUCCGGGGGGAAACUUCACAUCACUAAGAACGGAGUGUCCUCUCUCAUAGACUGUACACUGAUGGAGGAGCCAGAGGGGACAGAUGAUGAGUCCAAAGGGGAGCGGAGCGGCCCAGACAUAGAGCACCUGGACUUUAAAGUGAUGGUGGAGCCCAAAGACGUCCAGCCCUACACCAUCAUCCUGGUGCCUUCAUCCCGACAGGAGAAGUCGGCGUGGACAAGCGACAUCAGCCAGUGCAUCGACAACAUCCGCUGCAAUGGUCUGAUGAUGAACGCCUUCGAGGAAAACAGUAAAGUCACCGUGCCACAGAUGAUUAAGUCGGACACCAGCUUGUACUGCGAUGAUGUCGACAUUCGCUUCAGCAAGAUGAUGAACUCCUGCAAGGUGCUGCAGAUCCGCUAUGCCAGCGUGGAGCGUUUGUUGGAGAGGCUCACCGACUUGCGCUUCCUCUCCAUUGACUUCCUGAACACCUUCCUCCACUCCUACCGCGUCUUCACCAGCGCUGACGUGGUGCUGGACAAGCUCAUCACCAUCUACAAGAAGCCCAUCAGCGCCAUCCCUGCACGUUCUUUGGAGCUUUUCUUUGCCAGCAGCCAGAGCAACAAACUCCUCUACGGCGAGCCACCCACGUCGCCGCGUGCCAGCCGCAAGUUCUCCUCCCCUCCUCCCCUCUCCAUCACCAAGACGUCCUCGCCCAACCGCCGUCGCAAGCUUUCGCUCAACAUCCCCAUCAUCACAGGGGGGAAAGCCCUGGACCUAGCUGCACUCAGCUGUUCUCCAAAUGGCUAUGCAGGCAUGCACUCCACCAUGUCACCCUUCAGUAAGACCACCCUCGACAUCAACAAGCUCUACGUGUCCAGCACCAUGGCCAACAAAAUCCCCGAUGAGGGAGAGACCAAAGCCGAAGGCAAGGCUGAGGAGUCUGUCCUCAACAAGCAAGAUCUGUCUGUGAGAGAGGAAUGUAAUGAGGACCCAAGUCAGAACGAUGAAACAGAAGCAGAAAUGUCUCCUCCUAAGUCGCCAUCAACACCCAAGAAUGUCAAGUCAAAAAACUCAGAGUUUUCUCUGUUUUCCUUCAACAAUGGGAUGGUGGUGUCAUCUUGCCGGGAGCUGGACAAUAACCGCAGUGCCCUUUCUGCCGCCUCGGCCUUCGCCAUCGCCACCGCUGGUGCCAAUGAAGGCACACCAACCAAGGAGAAGUACCGUCGUAUGUCGCUGGCCAGCACAGGUUUCCCUACAGACCAGAGGAAUGGAGACAAGGAGUUUGUUAUCAGGAGAGCUGCCACAAACAGAGUCCUGAAUGUGCUGCGUCACUGGGUCUCCAAACACUCGCAGGACUUUGAGCUGAACACUGAGCUGAAGAUGCGGGUAAUUAGCUUCCUGGAGGAGGUGAUGCAUGACCCAGAGCUCCUGACACAGGAAAGAAAGGCAGCUGCCAACAUCAUCAGGACUCUCACUCAGGAGGAUCCCGGAGACAACCAGGUCACACUGGAAGAGAUCACACAGAUGGCCAUGGAGGACAGUAAGACUGAGCCCUUUGAUAGCCACUCUGCCCUGGAGAUAGCUGAGCAGCUCACACUGCUGGACCACCUGGUCUUCAAGGUCAUCCCAUACGAGGAGUUCUUCGGACAAGGCUGGAUGAAGAACGACAAGAACGAGAGAACUCCCUACAUUAUGAAAACAACCAAGCAUUUCAACGAUAUCAGCAACAGGAUCGCCACAGAGAUCCUGCAGUGGGACGAUGUCAACAUGCGAGUGGGGGUGAUCGAGAAAUGGGUGGCAGUGGCUGACAUCUGUCGCUGCCUCCACAACUACAACGCCAUGCUGGAGAUCACAUCCUCCCUCAACCGCAGCUCCGUCUUCCGCCUCAAGAAGACCUGGCUCAAAGUCUCCAAGCAGACAAAGACUGUGAUCGACAAGUUACAGAAGCUGGUGUCUUCAGAGGGACGAUUCAAAAACCUGAGAGAAGCUCUGAAGAACUGUGACCCUCCCUGUGUUCCCUACCUGGGAAUGUACCUGACUGACCUAGCCUUCAUCGAGGAGGGAACGCCCAACUACACCGAGGACAGCCUGGUUAACUUCUCCAAGAUGAGGAUGAUAUCUCACAUCAUCAGAGAAAUACGGCAAUUUCAGCAAACGGCUUACAAGAUUGAUUAUCAACCAAAGGUUGCAAAGUACUUGCUGGACAGCAGUUCAGCGCUGGAUGAGGACAGCCUGUAUGACGCGUCUCUGAGAAUCGAGCCCAAAACUUUAUCAUGAAGAGGAUCGCUCUCUCGCAACACUCAUAUGGAUCAACUUUCAAGUUAAUGUGCAAAACAAUUACACAGAAGCAGUCGUUGGCAAUGCAAAUCUCAGGCUCCCUCCAACAACGCUCAUUAAAUAUGUAUAAAAAGAAGUUUAAAAAAUGGGGUUCUAAAACAUGAAGUAAGUUCAAAUAUAGGGAUAAAAUAUAACACGUAUAAAAUACUUCUGAAUUUGCGGUAGACAGUUAUUGCAAUAUGAAUAAACUAAUGUAAACAGGGGUAUGCAUAAUGAGAAGUAAUAUACAGGCACAUACAGAGAUGUUAACAGGUCAUUCAAAGUAUACAAAAGGUAAAUGCACAAUAGUGAUGAGGCCAAGAGUUCAAAUGUCUCACGGCCUGUGGGAUGAAGCUGAGCCUGAGGGUGCGGGACCGUUGGGGUCUCUGAUUGUCCUGUUGGCCUUCUUCCUGCACCGCUGGGUGGACUUCCUCCAUCGGCGGCAUCUCCGUCCUGAGCAGUUUGCACCACCCUCUGUGAUGCUUUACGGUUGAGGGCGGUGCAACUGCCACACCAGGCGGUGAUGCGGCCAGUGAAGAGGAGUGUACAGGAACGAUAUAUAUCAUAAUGUACAUAUACUAUUAUUUGUAUUAGACACAGUAGGCUGUGCCCUUCUAGUAUGUGCUCCCCAAUGGACUCGUUGUGUAUAAUCGUUAUUAGAGACUGAGUAGAAGCCCAGAGAGGUUUUAUUUAUAUAGUUACAGAGUAUUUAUAUGUUAUUUCUUGUCUUGAAUACCAUUUUAUGAUAAAGUUAUUUUCAACCACAGAAUAAACAGCUGAGAGAGUAUACAGAGAAGAUAUUUAGUCACAUUAUCUCAUUCAUGAGAGAUGAUGGUCACACGUGACACAUGAUGAUAAACUCCCACUUUCUGCUCAGAUGUUAAAGACAUGCUUAUCCACUCGCUGCAUGAUCAUUAAUUCAAAGUUGUGUAAUCCUUAAAAUCAGUCCUUGUUGAUUUAAAUCCAAUGCAGGACUGGCGGACUACGCCACUAACACUGAAAACUACUAAUUAUUGAAUGUACAUAUGUGGAAUGAUUGCAGAAAGAACAAAUCGGGUUCGAUUCAAAAAAGAAACAAACCUUUAAAACAUUAAGGACUUGAAUUUAAAAACUUUUCCUCUCAGAGAAAUACAGAGGGUGAAAAGUGGGACUGCUGGGGUGGCUAAAGUUGAAUCAUGUGCUCUGAUGUUUUAUGUAGCCACUGAAUGACAAAGACAAGAGUCAAACUGAGACAAGAUUACCUGCUGACUUCUGAUCGAGCUGAGACACGUGUUUCCGUUUGGAGAGAUGGGUUUUUAUGCUUAGCUUAUUAUCACCUUAUUCCCCUGGUGGGCAACAUGAUGUAUAUACAGUAUAAGCACCGGGCAGUGUAUGUAGCAGAUGUAACCAAUAUUGAGCCACUUCAGGAAGUUAAAUUCCCAGCUUCUACACUCAGACAGUAGUUUUUAUGGUUAAUCCUCUUUGGCCAGUGCAUUAUGGUUUUGCCUUAAUCAUGAAAUGGAUUACAUACCACAAAAGUAUGUAAACUAUUUUGUUCUACAAUUUGCCAAUGAAGCAGACAUAUUUGCUGUGUACAAUAUUGUGUACAGGCAGUACUGAUGCAUUUCCUAACGUGCAAUGUGUUAAAAAAAACAUAUCCCUCGAAAUGUGUUAUCCUUAUGAUCGUUCAACUCUGUAAUAACCUUUCUGUGUAUGAUACUUUAAAGCAAAUGUUGAAAACAACUUAUAAGUGUAACACAUUCUGUAUCCUGUCUAUUCCAAUGUGUUAGCAGGAACUAUACAGUAGUUAUAUUGUGCUUAUUCUUGGAAUAUUUAUAGGUAUUUUUUACAGGCUUUGUAUAGAAAAACACCUAAAGCUUAAGUGGCAGGCAUGUACUACUUUCACGUGUUCAAAUCUAUAUCUAGAACAGUAUGUGUACUGUAUUUAAGCCCACCCUUGCACAUGAAUCUUUAUCCUCUAACAGGCACAUCAAAUGUUUGCAGUGAGCAAUACCCAGUGGUAUGAGAAUUAUCUUUCAGUCUAUUUCAACAGCUUGAGUAGUAUUUCCAGUUUUGUAUAAAAGUGUAUUCUUUCCUGAUUACCUCUUGUUAAUAAAUCUAUUCUUUCUCAGGGGGA